GGUGUGUCCGAUUAAAAUCGUAAGACCUAUCGCUGACUGAAAUCAAUUGUGAUUCGAGUAACAAUGAGACCGUUGGAUUACAUACUAUAGAUUGUAUGUAUGAAUCGGCGAUUAUGGGAUUAGAGUGGUUGAUUUUCAUUUGCUACCCAAGCACAACGGUAACGCGUCUAGCUUGUACACAAAUAAAUGAUUUCGGUAGAACAGAAUUCACUGCCUCAUCAACACGGACACUGUUUUGAUAUAAGUUUUCUCAUAUCACCGCUCGCAAAUAAUGCAUCCCGUAAUUUUAGCAGCCGUAUUUUUUCUGGCCCGUCGGGCUUUUGCGGAUUCGGAAACUUGUACGACGUACGAAGGUACAAUAGGAAUAUGUGUAAACAUAAAGCAGUGCCCAUUUUUACUUGAUCUUUUAAAACGUGGUAAAUUGUCUUCAAAUGUGUGGCGACGUUUGAGCAAAUCUCAGUGUGGUUUCGAAAGACUUGAUCCAAAAGUGUGCUGCAGCAUUGAACUCUCCGAAAACGAGGAUUCUGAUAUCCAUCCGCAGCCAGCAGCGUCUGCAGCAUCGUCUUUUAACACAAAGGUCAGUUUUUCGAAACGAACGCCAUGUAAAACUGCAACUGGAAUCGAAGGAUCUUGCGUCAGCGCCGAUCAAUGUCCAGCACUGUACGCAAUUUUAAAUCAACAAACCUCGGUUAGUGGAACCGCCUUGCAAAUAUUGAAACAAUCACUUUGUGGUUUCGAAAAGAUGAUACCCAAAGUCUGCUGCGGCGAAAAACAUCAUUCAGAAUCUGGAGGCACUCAACAGCAAAUAUCAUCGCAAUCGCAUCUAAUAACUCCGAAUCAUUCGGCCCUCGAACAUUGCGUCACUCCAAACGGCGUUGACGGCGUAUGCGUAAAUAUAAAAAAAUGUCGCCCGCUGUUUACGCUUUUAAAACGAUCUAAUCAAUUGUCGUAUCAAACAUCUCAAUCGUUAAAAGAGCUACAUUGUGGAUUCGAAAAAAUGGAUCCUAAAGUUUGCUGUGAGAACGAAAAUUCCGGUGGACCUCAAUCACUUACAUCAGAUCAGAACCAGAUUCCGCUGCCACCGAACGUCUCAAAUCAUCCAAAUCUCGGUCUUUUAGAGCAUGAAAUUUGUGGACCGAUACCGGAGGCAAAGAUCAUCGGUGGUACAAAAACUGCAGUGUUUGAAUUCCCGUGGAUGGCAUUAAUAGCCUAUGACGCUGGUUCCGGACUUCCGGAAUUUCGCUGCGGCGGUUCUCUGAUUACAAAAAAGCAUAUUUUGACCGCUGGUCAUUGUGUAGCAACACUCCCGCCUGACUUACGUCUCGUUGGAGUACGACUCGGAGAAUACGAUCUAUCAAAAGAAAAAGAUUGCGAUACUGAUAUUGAUGGUUUUGAGAUAAAUUGUGCGGAAGAUUACCAAGACUUUUCUAUACUCGGAGUCGCGGUUCAUCCAGAUUAUCCGAAAGACAAGCACCAGGAUGAUAUUGCCUUAGUCAUGUUGGAUGGAGAAGCAGAUUUUCAAGCUGCAAACGUACGUCCGAUUUGUUUACCGAUCGGCCCUAUAUCGGUUUUGAAUUCAAGGAUGAUUGUAACGGGUUGGGGUGCGACAGAAUCGGGUCCCCGAAGCCAGACUUUACGCAAGGUCACCUUGCCAAUAAUUCCUUACGAAGACUGCGCCAGUCUUUACAAAUUGCGUAACAUAAAGAUAUGGUAUAAACAAAUAUGCGCCGGAGGAUCAAACCGAUCGGAUUCGUGUUCAGGAGAUAGCGGUGGCCCCUUACAAACUCUCGGAAUGUACAAUGGACAGCCCAGAAAUAUUCUUUACGGAAUUGUUAGUUUUGGACCUAGAGAUUGCGGGUUAGAUGGUGUACCGGGGGUGUAUACAAAGGUAGAAUAUUACAUGGAUUGGAUUUUAGACACUAUUGGAACAGAGAUAUACCCAUGACCGAUCAGAAUCACGCGUGCGAACGAUGAUAAAACAAUUAUGAUUAAUUAUUGACGUGCUGGUGGCACCCGCGAACUCAUCCUAUAAGUUUCUUCACGUAGUAUUAUAAUAUACUCAAAUGAUUAUUCGAACGAUUGAAAAAGAUUUUCCGAUCUUCGGUCAUACGUAUACGAUUAUAAUGCUACUUGUAAGUUGUAUAUUUGUAAAUAUUUUUAUUUAUAUCUAAUAAUUUUAGGUAUGCACCAUGACGUAUCUUCCUUUUUAAC